AUGGAGCACAUCCCAGUCAGUGGACUCGAAAACAGUCCUGCAGUGCCUCAGUGGCCUCCUGAGUCCACCUCCUCACAGUUCUUGUAUUUGGGUGUCAGCAAUACCAGGUCGGGGGUCAGGCAGUGUCCUGUCAUCCAGGUGAGGUUGGCCUCUCAUUCAGGACACCAGAGUGACUUGUCCAGCAGCAAAUCAACUGUGGGGUCGACGAGGCAACAUCCAGUGGCGUCUCCGACUCGUCGUCUGAGAUUCGAAGAUGAGACGGAGACAGAGGCAGAGUCUCGUUACCAAGAGAGACAGCAGCAGAGGAGAUGGGCGGGGCAGCAGAGGACAGGUGUCUUGGUCUCCAGACUGAACCUGUACGUCAGUGGCCGGGCGGGGCCACCUGUACCUGAUGACAGGGGGCGGAGCCUGUGUCCGCCCCAUGUGAACCUGAGGACUGAGCCAAUCAGAGAGACCUACAUUGGCUCUGUCACACCUCAGAGCAAAUCCCCCUGGGGAGGGGGCGGGGCUGAGCAUGUCUGUAAUGUGCAGAUGAGGAGUAGAACCAGUCAGGGCACACCCACCACAGACCUACCAGUCAACCCUUAUGCUCCUGACCAACUGAGCACACCUGCCUUCAUAUGUCCCUCCCCCGCCUCUCCUCCUCUUGUGAGUGUCAGGCUCAACUGUUCAGAGGAAGAACAGGAUCUGAUGCACGACCAGGAUACGCGGGGGAGACCUGAGGGAGUCGAGCUCCACAAACAGGUCCGAUCUGGGGUAGAGCUGAGAGACCGGAGUCCCUGUGUGGAUGUGGAGGAGGGAGGAGGGAUUCAAAGGAUGAAGAACUCUUCCUCUUCCUCUUCUACUUCUUCUUUUGAGACAAGCUCAGAUGCAACAGCUGAGAGCCCAGCUCCACCCAUCCCAGAGAGCAGCAGUGAUGGACAGGUCAACCACCCAAUAAGAACAAAGCUCUACACUUCACGUCCUGAACAAUUCAGCAGCAGAGAUGAACGCUCUCGACUCUCUCUGCGUCAUCUUCUUUCCAGCGUCAGACUCAACAGGACUCGAACUGGCAGCCUGGAUCGACACAGCAUCAGGCCCCGUCCCUCAGCAUUAGACCCCGCCCCCUCCAGUUUGCUGAGGAAAUGUCCAUCAUCUCAGUCACAGAGUGAGGGGUCGCCCUUCUUCCAGUUAAGGAAGGUGUUGUCAUUUCAGAAUGUUGUCUCUGAGCAGAAGAAGAGAGAUCGUUCUACUGACUAUAGACCAGCUGCCGACACGUAACUCUCCUGUUUUACGAUUCAUUCUUCAGAGGCCAUAACCACGAAGCCAGAAAAGUUGGUAUCACUUUGGUCAGCAUCGUUUGAGCAUCAAGGACGCCGGUCGUCCAUGUUCAUUACGCUCUGUCGGUCAAGUUCUUGAUGUCGAUUCUGAUGGAAUGUUUCUGUUUGAACUGAAUCGACCAGAGACCCGACGUACGGAUUCAUCAUCAGCAAAGGAUAAGGAUGCAGUAACUCGGGUGUUUACAUGGAUGACAUGGUGGACACUGACUAAUUGUAAGCCGGUCUCCUUUCGGUCAAAGACGAGACCUUGGAGGUGAACGCGGAGAAGGUUGCGUGUCUCAGUCUGGAUCAGGUGACCCACCUGACCCGCACCAUGAACCUAUCUGCAACUGUUCGGGUCCUCCAACAUAUGAGGACAAUUUUGAGGCAACAGCAGCGCCACCUACAUUACUACAACUCAACUACAGCACCUAAACUAAGCUUCUUUACCAAAGCACAACUGUGGCAACGGGUCCAAUCAGAACACACAGAGAAAAAACUGCACCCGAUGAUGUCAUUCACAGUUUGUAUUGAUUAAGAAUCUCUGAACAAAAAAUCUAAACAAAACAUUCUACUAACUUCAAAGAGCAAAAGAAGAAAGUUCA